ACGGUCUUCCAUGUAAACACAGAUUAUUCAGCAAAGUUUGCACAAAUUGUAUGGCUGGCUGGUACACUGCUGCGAUUAAUGAUCGUAAAAUGAGAUCGUUUUGACGACUACGAACUCGGUUUUUAAUUAAUAGCAACGUGUAUACUCGGUGGUAAGCUUCUCACUCAAAGAAUUCUGUGUAUGUAUCAUAAGUAUUAUGGCGACGACAGAGUUACAUGUUAGAAUCAGCUCGACACCUUCUACAAACGGAGAACCUAGUUUCACGAUUUGCACGUUCUGUAACAACUCAACAAAUGGGUUCGAGAAGCGUUUAUUUGCGACAACACAACCAAAGGGACCUUUUUUCCCUGUCUUAGCCGAGCUACAGGGAAAGAAAACAAAGUUAGACGACCUCGGUCGAGCGGUUGUUUGUGUGGCAUGUUUUCAUCAUCUUUUGCGACAAUGGAGCAGUUUUGAACGAAGGGGUAUUCCUGUUCGUAAACGGGAAUAUAAUAUUAUUACAGAGGAGCGUGUGAACCACUACCAGGUCAGACGUGAAGAGGAGAUACGACAAGAGGCCGAACAUAAGAUAAAAGAAAUUCAGGAUCGCGAGGAAAGAAUCCGACGAGAAGCCGAAGACAGGUUCGAAAAGUAUCGACAGCGUCAAGCAGAGAUCCGACGGGAGGCCGAACAAAGGCUACUCGAGGAACAAGCCAAAGCUGAGGAGUUCAAAAAGCAAGCAACAUUUCAGCUCAAAGAGGAGCAACAGCGAGAAGAAGAGUUACGACGACAAGCCGAAGAUCGAAUUCAGGAAGAAAAAGAGAAACGAGAGUACAUACGGCAAGAAGCAGAAAGACUCCUUCGCGAAGAGAAGCUAUUGGACGCACAAAGGCUGAAGCAGGGUUCCAUAUCACCAAGCCUUGAGAAAGUAACAACAUACCGGACUGAAGUUAUCAUUCCUUCCACCGUCAAGGAAACUGCACCUUUGAGGGAAAUUACAGAUAAAGGGGAAUCCGAAGAGAUGGCAGGUGUAAUUAGUGAGCAGGAGCUAGACGCAAGACGCCAGAGGCGCAAAACGAUGGAGUACGAUCCAGAAACGGGUUGUUACAGAAAAAUAACAGCAGAUGACGAUAAAGAAAAUACCUUGGUUGAGACCAGAACAGAGAGAGUGGAAUAUCGUUUUCGUCUCCGCUCAGACGAGAAUGCAAAGGAAACCUCAGAGAAGAAAGAUACCUCCUCUAAUCCUGACAAAGCAUCAGAGGACAUCACAGUGUCAAUGGAGCCAGUAAAAUCCUUUAGUACUGAACAAACUAUUGUAUUGAACGGUGACGAUAAAUCGAAGAGGAAAAGUAGUGAAGGCGACACUAGAGGUGAAGAGGACCUAAAAAAAGCUGAUGACAUAAUGAAAACCAAGUUUGAAGAGGGUCGGAAGAGAUUCGAGCAAGAAUCAGUUGGGAAAAAGAGGAGUGACUCUUCUAAACAGAGAACGACGAGGACAACAUCCGACGACUCUCUAGAGGAGAAGAUCAGAGAAAUGGAAAAGAGGAGAGAACGACUGCUUCUCAGAGGGCCAUCGACAGAAUCGAAAGACACCUUGGGUCGAAGACCGUCGGAAGAAGGAAAGGACUCCUCUGUUGUCAGUCCCGGUGAAGAUUCAAAGAGUCUGGUUGAUGAUGGUACUAAGAAGCAGAGAAGUCGCAGUGAACGAAACAAACGGCGCUUAACAGCCGAGGAGAUGACUUUUAAAAAGUCUCCUGGUAGCGAAGAGGAUUCAACGGGGACAGAUGCCGCAAAAGUACCAAAAAAAGAUGUCAAAAGCGAAGAACGCGAAAUAGAAACGAAGAAAGAAAGUUACAAGAUUCAAUUGAAAAAGGUCGAGAAACCAGAAAGACCAGUAGAAGAAGACAUUGUCAUGACUCAGGUGAAAAAGGUUGAGGCCUCAGUUGACCUCAUGAGCUGGGACGACUCCACCGAUGGACCUACCUACGGUAGUGAGGGGGAUCCAGCUCCAGUUGCCCAAACAGAGUUAACGAAGAGGGCUGACAGCACUGAAGGAGAACUGUUUUCCAGACCGUCGAAGCUGGUUGACAUGGAAGCCCCUAUCAAUGUGGUUAAAAAAGGAGAUGUUGAGACCGUGCCCAACUCUAAAAAUCUUCUAGACCUUGAAGAGGCAUCGGGUCUGUCAUCAGCACCCAUCGAGCCCAUCUCGACAUGGGACAACAGAGGUCGCACAAGCAAUUCCGCCGAAGAAGACCGAAGACGUCGCGAGAGAGAAUACGAAGAAAGGAAGCGAAGAAUCGAGGAAAACCAACGGCGAGCGGCGAAAGAGCUCAAAGUGAAAAAACUCUACGAAAACGACGUGAAGCCCUGGAGAGGAGAAGAGAUCCACGAAGGAAAGCACGAUGAUGUAUCCAUAAAGGAAAAGAGACGUUCGUUGGUGGAUAUGUGGGAGUCAUUUUCUGAGCCCCACACCAAUGUGUUGUCUUUUGAAGAAUACGAAGAUGAAGAAAUGCCUGAAGAGAGGAACAAAGUCGUGACUCUCGAGAAAAGAGCUGUGUCGUUUGAUCCGUUGAAAGAGAAAGACGACGAAGGAGACAUGGAGGUCGAAGUUAUCACCACAACACGACCAUCUGCGGACACGGACAUCAACCCAAAUUUGACUGCGGAGGAACAACGAUGGGAGAGCGCUGGACAAUUCCAGCCAGGCCGGCUACAAAAAACUGUGUUCCACAGCUUGUCUGAAGCGACCCCUGUCGACGAAAAACCGACACCAAAGCCUCGUAAGAGUCGAUACGACUGGAUGAAGGGGGAGACAGAAGAUGACCAAGCGGCGCUUGUGCCAACGAAGUUAAAAAUUGACCGGCAGAGUAAUCAACUUGAAGAUGGGACAUUCAGCAACGGUCAAGACAGAACAAGUCCACCCGAGCCAGUCCCAAGGAAGGUCAAGACGGAAAGCCAUGAUUUAAAAAGCAGCAGCGAGAGCGAAAGCGAAAGCGAGAGUAAUGAAGGAAGUGACAGCGAAAGUGAUAAUGAAGAAGAGAGGGUUCCUCGAGUGGAUACCGUUGAAGUUCUCAACUCACAACUCACAGAGGAGGAGAAACAGUGGGAGCAAGCGGGAAAUUUCCAACCCAAAAAGCUAAAUCUUUCUCUAUUUGCUGGGUUUCAACAAGCACCUGCGAAUGCAGCAGACAGACCGGCACCAAAGAAGACACAAGGAGCAUCCCAUCCCUCGCAGUAUAAAAAGCCACUUGUGAACAAUGAAGAAGAGAUUCCCGCUCCGGCUGAAGUGAAAGUUCAGGAAACUGAGCCAGAAAUGGAGGACAUCAGUCCGGUUCUUGAAGUAAAAACAGAGACAGAGCCUCUCUCAUCUUCGCUUUACACCUACACGUAUGAGGAGGAAAGUGAUGACGACGAUGACGUUCCCGGGUGGAGAAAGGUAGAAGAGCAACGAAGACAACAAGAACGAGAGGAAAUCGAAAGAGCGAAAGAGGAGGAAAAAAGACGACGGGAACAAGAGGCCAUGGAAGAGGAGUCACAAAAGCAACCUGAUUCAAGUGACGAUGAGUUUGAAACCAAAGUGCGCACAAAGGAAGUCAGAAAGAUUAAUCCAAAUCUGUUGUUUCAGUUCAUGAAAGAGGCAGACAAAGAACCAGAGAGACCCCUGAAAUCGUCGAAACCCAAACAGCAACAAAUAGAUGUAUCCAGUGUCUCGUUGUCAGAAUCUACACCCGUUGUCGACAACCCCUCCGAAGACGGCUAUGCAGGAGACCAAGAAAGAGAGGUGGAAGAUGAGUACGAAGAGAAAGUACGGAGCGGACAAGUAAGAAAGUUGAAGCUAGUUAACAGUCCUUUUCUUCAAUCGAAGGAAACGGAGAUUGCUCCUGACUACCGUCGGGAUGAGCCCCGUAGCUCUCGAAUUAUCAAAGACGAGAUCUACGUAGAGAAAGUUGAACACUCGACUGUCGAGUCUGCGCCAAGAAGAGACUGGGAAGAGGGGGCAGAUGAGCCUGAAGUCGACAACGUUGCUGGCGCAACUUUGGAGAGUUACGAAGAGGAAAGUGAAGAUGAUGGUGUUCCUGAAUGGCGCAAAAUGGAAGAAAAACGAAGACAACAAGAGCUGGAGGAAAUUGAAAGGGCCAGAUUAGAAGAGCAAAGGAGACGAGAACGGGAAGCGCUUGAAUCCAAUGAACAGGAGGAUGAAGAUUCAAUCGAUGAUGAAUUCGAAGCAAAAGUUCGAACCAAGGAGAUUCGAAGAAUCAAUCCUAAUUUGCUUGUUCAGUUUAUGAACGAGUCAAAAGAAGAACCCGCAAGUGAUAGAAGACCCAAACAGGAAAUCGUAAAAACUCAACACGUGUUGGUGACGGAAACCACGUCCAAGGAUGACAGCGAUCAUGAAGAUGCUCUGGAAAAAGAUGACGAGUUUGUCGAGGAUGAAUACGAUCUCAAAGUGAAAAAAGGGCAAGUGAACAAGCUUGUCCUUGACAACAGUCCUUUCUUGCAAAAGCAAACCAGAAACGAGACACCUGUUUUGCAAACGAAAUCAGAACCAAAGACUAUUAAAGUACCUAAACAAGCCUUGCAGGAUUCUUUUGUGCGGGAAGAAGAGCUUGUUCAAGUAAUUGAUGAGAAAGUUGUGGAGUGUCAACCUGACUUGGGUUUCCGUGAAGGAAACGAACACGAUGAGUACGAGGUAAAAGUUAAAUCCAAACUUGUUAAGAGGUUAAGUCAUGACCAGUUCCAUUUUCUCCGCAAGCAAGAAGAAGAGGAGCGUAAAAGGCUUCAAGAAGAGGAGCGACGUCGAAUAGAACGCGAGGAACGCGAAUUACUUAAAAAAGAGGAAGAGCGUAGAAGAAGGCUAGAGGCUGAAGCCCGUGCUAGAGAAGAAGAGAGGAUUCGCAAAGAAGAGGAAAUCAGAAGGCAGGAAGAAGAAGCGAAAGCUCGUAAAGAGGAAGAAAACAGGCGUCGGCGUGAAGAGGCUGAACGAGUUAGAAAGGAGGAGGAAGAACGGUUACGAAGAGAAGAAGAAGAGGAGCAGAUGCGCAUGGAGGAAAUGCGGAGGCAAAAGGAAGCAGCUAAAAAGAAAUUUCAGACCGGAAUUUUUGAUGAUGUUCCUGUGACUCGUUCUGAGAAGGAUAUAUACAGCGUGGGGCGUCUUGAUGCGAAUAAGUUCUUGCAAUUCCAGCAAAGUCCUACGGAAGAACCAAAACUGAAGUCAAAAGCGCGGUACGACCAGAAGGUAACAAAAGAACCCAAGGUACCAGAAGCUGUUGUAGAAACUGUUCAAGUGGCAUCUGUUGAUUUGAUUGAAAGCAGUCCUUAUGAGGAAGAUGGAGGAUCUUUGCUAUCCGAAGACGCAGAAUACGAAGAAAAACGAAAGAGUGUGGGAAAACUGGACAAGGAGUGGUACAUUUUACAGCAACGAAAGCAAGCGGAAGAAAAUGAGCGGCGAGCCAAAGAAUUAGAAGAGCAAAGGCUAAGAGAAGAACGUAAUGAAAUAUUCCGGUUUCAGGACGACGAGUCCACUCCAGAAGUUGUUGGCACUUUGGAAAAAAGAAGAAGCAAGCUUAGCGCCGACAAGUUUAGUGUUUUUGAACAGGAUGCUGUGGGAGGGAACAGUGGACCCGGAAAAACCCAAAAAGAAGGUUCAAGUAUGGUUAAAAAGAGGGAAGAAGUUCAAUCUGCACCUGCAGAAAUAAAAGAGUAUGAAAGUAAUGGAAAGAUUAAUCGAAUGAAUUAUGACGAUGACAAUGUUAUCAUUCUCGGAAUGGAUGAUUCCGAAACAGUCCAACGGAAAAUGCGUCUCCAGCGAGAAAGAGACGAAAAACAACUGCUUCGCCAAGAGGAGGAAAGGAGAAGAUUGCUUGCCGAGGAAAGUUUGGACUACCGUGACAGUGAAACAGAGAGUGAUAAACCCAAGAGUGUUGGAAAACUGAAUUACCAACAAUUCUCUGUGUUCCAGCAGGAAGGACCAGUCGCUCCGAUAGCAAAACCGCGCAAGCAGGACCCGCAAGUGAUCCAAGAAGUGGUCAGUGUCAAAAGUCAGGAGGUUGUUGAAAGCUCUCCAGUCGAUAUGAACGAAGCUUAUGCCUGCCACGGGGGUCCUGCUGAGACGCAAGAAGAUGUUGAGUAUGAGAAAAAGAUCAACGCAGGCCAGAGACUUGAUGUGGAAAAGUUCUUGAAUGCCAGGUCUCAGGAGUCAGUAGAGAGAACACAACGUGCUAAACGAAUGGCAGAGGAGAGAAUGCGUCAGGAGCAGGAAGAGCUGGCUAAGUUAAGAUUAGAGGAACAAAGGCGGAUGCAAGCGGAACUAGACGGGGGCUAUGAGAAAGAAAGUGAUCUUAUUCAGCCGCUGGAAACCGAAAGUAGGAAAUCUAUAACCGGUUCCGAUUCUGAAAGGUCACGAAAAGUGUCCAUUGAAAGAAAAACGUCGACACCCAUGGAACAUGAGCCAGAGAGUACCGAAAAAGGUGUUGGUGUUGGUGUUGGUCGUUUACCAGAGGAACUUCGUUUACAAUUUGAGAGUGAUAGCAAAAAUACAAGUUCUCGACGACAGUCCACUAAAAUAAAAGGCUCAAGAUCACUAACAGACGAAGAAUCGACAAGGACAAACUCGAUUGAGAGUCUUCGCAGUAUUUCUGGUGAAAGUAUGUCUUCUGGGGCGCGAGAAAAAGACAUGAAUGGAACCGCUAGUAUCACUGAAAAAUUGUCGUCCUUAGACAGGAGGGAGUCCAAUCAGGAAGUUCAAGUGGAAGACAGAACAACAGAGUCUUACUCUCCAGAGGAAAAACCAAUUCCUAAGAAACUCAACACGAGUAUGUUUGCUGCCUUUGAGAAGAGCGACCGCGAACCAGUACAGCUUCGGCGUGCAAAGAGCGAGAAGCGUGCCAGACCCAAGAGCAUUGGAAACGUGGACUUAUUGAUAUGGCAAGAUGACGCUAAUCUUUCCCAUCCUCCCACCGACGUUUCAAGAGGGGGAUCUGGGCGCCAGCCACGACCAAAAAGCAUUGCAUUUUGAGCAACGAAUGUUGGCCAAUAAUCGAUGAAACAUAUCAUGAUGUAGUAAUUAUACGUUUAAUUGUAUAGCUAUAAUAAUUGCGAUAAACUUUGUGCGAAAUUUGAACAAUUCGGUUGGUCCGAAUGGCGAACGAUCCACGUUUGAUUAAAUUUCGUUAUGAGAGCUCUUAAUAUUAUGAUACAAAAGGUGUAGGGGGGGGGGGAAGGAGGCACAUCUCGCUUUAACAUGUUCAGUAUACUCCAAGACAAUUCAAUACAACACUUACCCAAGUGCUAUUAAAAGCAUCUUUUUCACGUGAUUAGAUGUAUGAAACGUCAUUUUUCAACAAAAACAGUUUUCAUAUCGUUAAGCCAGGGUAUGAUCGCUGAAAAAAAAGAAAAGAAAACGACAAAAAAAAAUAGUUGACAUCAUAGCAAAACUUCGGCAAAGGUUAAAUAUGUUUCCAGUGUUAAGUUAGUUCCUAAUUUUUUACUUAAAUUUGUAAGUCAAUUUGAUUAACCUUUUGUUAAUGACCAAGUCGACAAGAAAGGGUUAGAAUUUUAUAGAAUGGAACUUUACGAUGGGUUGUUGGCUGUCGACAUCUUGCGUUACGCAUAACUCCAAGUUUACAGAAAUGUCGAAGAUGUAAAAAAUUCGUGGAGGUUUUUUCAUAAGUUUGUAACCAGAUAAAACAUUAGCACCGAAAAAUCACUUUAAAUCUUUACUCUUAAUAUCUGAUUGUUAAUUCUCCCCUCUAGCUGCUUCACAUUUUGUUGUAAAUUAGUUACGAGAAUUUGGUGUUAGAUCAAGGUAACAACUUCUACCUGUUUGCUGAAUAAUGCAUGUUUUUUUAAUAGUGGGGAGAAGUUUCAUAUCAGUCACUCGUGGAAGUUGAAGGGAAGGGUUAAUAUCCUUUAUGAAAUCAUUAUCGUCUUUGUCGGCGUAUGUAUCAGUAAUGAAAAAUGAUAAGAUAUCGUAGAUAGUUAUACGUGUAUAAGCUCUGAAGAAAUUUGGAACAUUUUCAAAAUCACUCUUUGAGGGCCCAUGAUUCUAAAUAACCCACUGAGGGCCCCAUACUUAAACGAACCCUUCUAAUAUCACCCGCUAAGAGCCCCAUACUUAAGCGAACCUUUUUAGUAUCACCCGCAAAGGGUCCACUACUUAGCUUUACUCAAAAUCCCCGGUUUUCGCCCAGUCAAUAUCAAGAUCAGAAUUCGUAAUGGUAGAUUUUGGUUCAAACAGGAAGACCUAUAAUAUAACAAGGUCGUCAAUUGAAAGAUCAUUUUAAGAGAAAAUUUCAGCUUUACAACAGGCGAACAAUAUACCCAGAGAAAACAGAGGUAGAAAAUCAAAGCUGACCGAUUCAUAUUGUUAAAUUUUCGCCCGCUAAACAAUUCUACAAAUUACAGAAACUGUCAUUGGUGUUUUCUUUGUAGGACUUGACUUAUUUUAAGUCAAUCAUUUGGAAUAAAUAAUUUAAAUUAAGUCUGA